AUGUCACACCGGCGGUCUACGUCAGACUCGACUGCACCUAUCUUUGUUGCUCACGGAUUGCAAUUUGCAGGCCAGGGAGAAGAACAGGAUCAGUAUAAUGCGGCCCAGCGGUACGACUGGGACGAUGUUCCUACAAAAUUAACCGAACCGAGAGCACCGUAUGACGCUACUCAGCCCUUUGACUAUGUUGCCCCGAAGAAACUCAAGGUACUAGCAAGUGCCGAAAACUUGGUCGUUGCGGCGAGGAGGAGUACGAGAAUUAGGAAGGAUGAAAACACGCCGGUUGCCAGCGAAUCCGAAUUAUCCAGACAGUUGACGAAGAAAAGGGGACGACCCAGAAGGUCUGAAGCGAGCAGGAAAACAGAUGACGGCGACAACACUGAAGACGAAUCUUAUAUGGAGCCUACGCAUGGAGCCAAACGGCGCUCUCAACACCAGCCUGUUAAACGUCCUCGGGUGUCAAGAAACGAGGAAGCUUCAAGGAGAGAAGAAACGGACGAGGAACAAGAACAGGAAACCGCCCCGCUAAGAAGCGGAGGUGCUCGUUCCCGUGCUACACCCAUUAAGCCCCAACAAGCCAAUAGGUGGAGCAACACUGAGGACCGUCAACUCAUCGAUUCAUUGUUUGAGGUGAUUGGCUCAAUUCCGUGGAGACGUGUCACAGCCUUCAUGGCUGAAAAAGGCUACUCCUGCGCCGAUCGGGGCGAAGGUGCAAUCAGGGGACGAUGGAAAGUGCUUCGCCCCCGGCUAUAUAUUGUUCCCCCGCCGGUUGUGCGAGGAGCGGCUGCAAAGAGCCAGGCCAAGGCCAAGGAAAGGGGUGUAGCAGAGGCUGAAGCCGAGAGUGAACACGAUGACCGAGAAGAAGGAAGCGAACAUGAAGAACGGGACGAACAAGACCAUGACCAUGACCAUGAACACGGGCGGGAAGGGAAGGAGAGGGCGGAGGAAGAGGUGGAGAGAGCUGGGCGGGAGGCUGCUGAACAAGCUGCGAGGGAUAUCGAGGAAGAACUGGAUGCCGUGGUGGGAAUGGAGGUGGGUGGCGAAAAAUCACCGAGAAAGGGGAGCGAAUUGGACGGAGAGGGUGACACGACUGUCGAAGAAGAGGAUCCGCCCGCUCCACGACGAACGCAACGAGGAACCGGUCCACCAAAACGACCGAGGGAGCCGAAGCCAGCGCGGCAAAAGGCGCGAGAACGAGAACAAGUUAGAGAAACAAAUGAGAAGCCUCCAACGCCCCCUCGUGUACCCACACCCCAGGCGCUUCAUCCUCCAGCCAAACCUCCGAUUCCGGGCGCGGAGGCUAGGUCGCCGGUCCCAGUUUCUCCGAAUCUCAAUCGUCGGACAUUACCUUCCCUACAAUCUCCGGAACGAACGAGUGAACGAAGUUUGCCUCUUCCUAUUCCCACAAACAAUCAACGCUCGCCCCGCCUGGCGGAUGCGCACCCUCCUCAUUUACCACGACCUCCGACUCCUCCCAAGACGGGGGCAGUGCUGGUUCCUAUGAUGAGCGGAGAUACAUGGUCGGAGAUAAACCCAACAAGCGCACUGUUCGCCAUAGACCCAUUUCCUGAACGCACGCACCAUACCCUUCCCGAACAUCGCCAACGAGAUUAUCUCCACCCUGUUCCUAGCGUUACUCAUCCGCAUGCACCUGGCCUUCCUUCGCAUGUAGAAAAUCCCCCACGCAAGUCGCGAAAGCCGGAGAUGCAUCCGUUCCGAACGAGCGUCCCGAACUCUUGGAAUCAGAGUCAGGUACAGAGCGGACAGGGAGGGUUUCAAGGAGCGACAUCUGGGCAGAGCGGGUACCAAGGACAAGUAACGUAUCAGCCUCCUGCGGCUGGCCAAGGGGGAUACCAGGCGUUGCCUCCAGGGCCGGGACCGGCACCAGGUCAAGGUCAGAGCCAAAGCCAAAGCCAAAGCCAAAGCCAAGGAUCGUUCCAGCAGACGCCCACCGGGCCCUACCAACCGCAAGGAUAUACCGUAUCACCAGGCCCACAAACACAUCAGAGCCUACCUCAGAUGUUCCAGCCAACCGCAUCCCCAGGACGAGCCUAUCAGAAUUCCCCGACACAGUCUGCAGCACAGGUGUACCAUAGUCCUUCGCGCCAGCCAUACCAUAGCCCACCAGGUCAAGUUUACCAACCUUUACAAGGCCAAAGCUAUCAAUCUUCGCCUAGCCAGAUAUACCAAUCUACGCCCGGUCAGACAUACCAUAGCCACAGUCCGUCUCGACAAUCAUAUCCGACCCAGUCGUCUCCGUACCAAGGUCCGGCAGCUCAGGUUUUUCCUCCUCCGCCUUUGUAUGUUCCCCCGCCUACGAUCUUUCCUAUCGAGCUGCAGAGCCCGGGAAGAACGGUAUUCCAGGACGGGCAGGUGUUUUCGGGUGGGAGUCCGAGCCGGCUGCCGAUGCUCAGUGAGAGGGGUGGAAUUGGGGAGGGUGUAAGAGAGUGGGAUCGGGUGGAGUAG